ACAAUCUCCUGAAAUUAAGCAUAUAUAUCCCUUUUCUUGCCUAUUUCUCAAUGGAACUUAAGAUUCAACUUUUAGCUUUCUUCCUCUUAUUCCUCCUCCUCGGGUCCAUGGCGGCACCCGCCGGCCGGAGAGCCAAGGACCGCCGCCCCUGUCGAAGGUUGGUAUUCUAUUUCCAUGACAUUGUUUACAAUGGCAAGAACUCCAAGAAUGCCACUUCAGCCAUUGUAGGUGCACCAGCUUGGGCCAACAAGACAGUAAUGGCAGGACAAAACCAUUUUGGUGAUAUGGUUGUGUUUGAUGACCCCAUUACCUUGGACAACAAUCUACACUCAACCCCAGUUGGUCGUGCCCAAGGGUUUUAUCUUUAUGACAAAAAGGAUGUUUUCACGGCUUGGCUUGGCUUCUCCUUUGUUUUCAACUCCACGCAGCAUAAGGGGAGCUUGAACUUUGCUGGAGCUGAUCCCCUAAUGAACAAGACUAGGGAUGUUUCAGUGAUUGGUGGCACCGGUGACUUUUUCAUGGCAAGAGGCAUAGCCACUUUGAUGACUGAUGCCUUUGAGGGAGAAGUUUAUUUCCGGCUGCAGGUUGAUAUUAAAUUGUAUGAAUGUUGGUGACAAAUUUGUUAAAAGAAUUUGUGACUGAUUUUGUUGUC